GCGUUGCGUGACGUGGCUCUGUGAUCGGUCAACAUGGAGGUAGUAUCUGUGGCUUUAGCAACUGUGGUGUUCGGUGGGAUCGUUCUGUUGUUGGUAAUUUGGGGAUUACGAGAUCGGGGUGACAAUAAACCAGAACCCAUAGCACAGGAAGCAAAUGGACAAGCUGCCAGUGAGAAGCAGACUGGAAAGAAGCAGAAGCAACCAAAACUACGAAAAGAGAAGCCACAGCAGCACACUUUUACUCACCCGCUCCUCGCUGCAUCUCUUAAGGCUCACAGUGGGCAUGUGACAUGCUUGGAUUUCAGUAGUAAUGGAAAAUAUUUGGCAUCAUGCUCUGAAGAUAGAACUGUGAGGAUAUGGAGCGCCAAGGACUUUCUAGAGCGAGAACACAGAUGUAUGAGAGCCAAUGUGGACCUGGACCAUGCCACACAUGUUAGGUUCAGCCCUGACUGCCGAGCCUUUAUUGUUUGCUUGGCGAAUGGAGAAACCAUUCGGGUAUUUAAGAUGACCAAGAAGGAGGAUGGCUUCACCUUCACAGCUGCCCCUGAGGAUUUUCCCAAGAGACACAAAGCCCCAAUCAUUAACAUUGGAAUAGCAGAGACAGGAAAGUUUAUUAUGACAGCAUCAAGUGACACAACUGUCUUGGUGUGGGAUCUGAAGGGAGAGGUGCUGGCAUCAAUCAAUACUAACCAAAUGAACAAUACACAUGCCGCUGUGUCACCAUGCGGCAGGUUUGUGGCCAGCUGUGGAUUUACGCCUGAUGUUAAGGUUUGGGAGGUCUGCUUUGGUAAGUCCGGAGAAUUUCGUGAGGUGUGCAGAGCAUUUGAUCUGAAAGGGCAUUCUGCUGGGGUGUGCGGAUUUUCCUUCUCUAAUGACUCACGCAGGAUGGCAACAAUAUCUAAAGAUGGGACAUGGAAACUAUGGAAUACAGAUGUAGAAUACAAGAAGCAGCAAGAUCCAUACUUGAUGUAUACAGGCAAAUGGUCUGUAAGUGAGCUGAGCCGUAUCGCCAUAUCUCCAGAUGCCCGAGUUGUUGCCAUUUCCAGCAUCUCAGAUAUUACAGUGUUCAGUACAGUUACAGGAGAAAAAGAGGAAGAAUUUAUCUCUGUGCAUGGAGAACCCAUCACUGACCUGGCUUUUGAUUCUAGCAAUAGAUAUCUGGCAUCAACUGGGGAUCGUGCUAUACGUGUAUUUCACAACACAGCUGGGUACAGAGCUGCUAUUGCUGACAUGAAGGACAUGUUUAAGAAAGCCACCAAUAAGGGCACAAAAGACAGGCUACAGCAACAAAUCAAAGAUGCACAAAGUGCACUGGACGCUGUAUACAGGCAGAAAAACUGAUGGACUUUGUCACUCGAUUUUUUUUUUUUUUUUUUUUUUAAUAAUUUUGAAUUUUACAGAAAAUAAAAACAAAUCGGUAUAAUAUUUUGCUCUGUGCCUUAACCGGUGCUUUUAUCACCAAAUUAUCCACAAUUCUGUCACUGAGAUUUAAAAAUAGUAUUUUAUUCUCUCUAUGGUAAUGGAUGGUAAAUUAUCAUUUUUAAGAAAAAGCUAACUUUACUACCUCUGUGUUAAUAGACAAUAGUUAAUUUUAGAACCAACAGCAGCAACUUUGUUUUAUUAGGCAUCGUUACCUGGUUUGUGUCAAAUUGGGGGGGGGGGGAUUAAAAAUUGUUUAUUAUAUAGUUUAAAGGGCCAUAAUACCCAAAUGUUUAAACACUUGAAAGUGAUGCAGCAUAGCUGUAAAAAGCGGACUAGAAAAUAUCUCCUGAACAUCUCUGUAAAAAAGAAAGAUAUUUUACCUCAGAAGUUCUUCAGUAGCCACCUCCCAUUGUAAAGGAUUUCUAAGCAGCAUUUUAGUGUCUGUCCUGGGACAGCUGAAAGGAUGAGCCUCGUGAACUCUCAUAUUAUUUCACCAAUCAGGUAAAGGAAGCUUACUAUGAAAUCUCAUGAGAGUUAAGUCAAAUCUCAUGAGAUCACAGUAAGAGUUCAUGACCUCAGCACUGCUGAUGCUGAUUGGCUGCUGUUUCUUCAUUUUUUUUAAAAAUGUUUUACCUGCAGCUGGGAGCAGGUGAAGUAUAACUUUUUACACAGAACUUACUCUGCUGAGCUGAGGAGAUUGUGAGGUAAAAUAUCUUCCAUUUUUACAUAGAGAUGCUCAGGUGAUAUUUUCCUGUCAGCUUUUUACAGUUAUACUGCAUCAGUUUCAAGUGAUUUAGCAUAUGAGUAUUAUGUCCCUUUAAGUAAGAGCUUGUGAGAGACAAAUAAUUAUCUCCAUCUAACUGACAAUUCAACAAAUAUUUCUUAUAGAUGCAUCUACAAAAUAUAAUAAAAUUGCUGCCAGGUGGUCCAUACAUUAGAAUUACAUAUUAAAGUGGUUGAUAACUCUAUUAAAAGGAAAUUUAUGCUUACCUGAUAAAUUUAUUUCUUUUUGGAUACGAUGAGUCCAUGGAUUUCAUCCUUGUGGGAUUACGCCUCCUGGUCAGCAGGAGGAGGCAAAGAGCUCCACAGCAGAGCUGUAUAAAUAGCUCCUCUCUUCCCUCCCAACCCAGUCAUUCGACCGAAGUUAGGAAGAGAAAGGAAAAGCCAAGGAGCAGAGGUGUCUGAAGUAUAACAAAAAUGUAAUAACCUGUCUCAUAGAACAGGGCGGGCCGUGGACUCAUCGUAUCGAAAAAGAAAUACAUUUAUCAGGUAAGCAUAAAUUUCCUUUUCUUUUUCAAGAUACGAUGAGUCUACGGAUUUCAUCCUUGUGGGAUACAAUACCAAAGCUAUAGUACACGGAUGAAACGGGAGGGACAAGACAGGAAACCUAAAACGGAAGGCACCACUGCUUGAAGAACUUGUCUCCCAAAAACAGCCUUAUUUGAGGCAAAAGUAUCAAAUUUGGAAAAAGUAUGAAGAGAAGACCAAGGAGCAGCCUUGCAAAUCUGUUCUACAGAAACUUCAUUUUUGAAUGCCCAUGAGGUGGAAUGAGCCUUAACUCAUUCAGGAGGCUGCUGUCCAGCAGUCUCAUAUGCAAAGCGGAUGAUACUCCUCAGCCAAAAAGAAAAUUACAAACAGAGAAGAAGACUGAAGAAAUUCUGUAGUUGCUUGCAAGUAGAACUUCAAAGCACGGACUACGCCCAAAUUAUGUAACAGAUGUUCCUUCUUAGAAGAAGGAUUAGGUCACAAGGAAGGAACAACAAUUUCCUGAUUAAUAUUUGUUUUUGAAACAACCUUAGGAAGAAAACCAGGGUUGGUACACAACACUACCUUAUCCGAAUGAAAAACAAGAUAAGGAGAUUCACAUUGUAAAGCGGAAAGCUCAGAUACUCUGCGAGCAGAAGAAAUAGCAACCAAAAAACAAAACUUUCCAAGAUAAUAACUUAAUAUCUAUGGAAUGCAUAGGUUAAAACGGAACUCCUUGAAGAACUCUAAGAACUAAAGUCAAACUCCAAGGAGGAGCAAUUGCUCGAAACACAGGUCUGAUUCUAGUCAGAGCCUGACAAAAAGAUUGAACAUAUGGAACAUCUGCCAGAUGCUUGUGUAACAAAAUAGAUGAGGCAGAAAUCUGUCCCUUUAAGGAACUUGCUGACAACCCUUUCUCCAAUCCUACUUGGAGAAAAGACAAAAGCCUAGGAAUCCUAACCCUAAUCCAUGAGUAGCCCCUGGAUUCGCACCAAUAAAGAUAUUUAAGCCAUAUUUAUGGUAAAUCUUUCUAGUAACAGGCUGACGUUCCUGAAUCAAAGUAUCUAUGAUCGAAUCAGAAAACCCUCGCUUAGAUAAAAUUAAGCGUUCAAUCUCCAAGCAAUUAGCUGCAGAGAAACUAGAUUUGGAUGAUGGAAGGGUCCCUGAAUGAGAAGGUCUUUCCUCAAUGGAAACUUCCACUGUGGCUGAGAUGACAUGUCCACCAGAUCUGCAUACCAAUCCUGCAAGGCUACGCAGGACCGAUGAGGAUCACCGAAGCCCUCUGCUGUUUGACUCGAGCAAACACCUGGGGAAGGAGAGCAAAUGGAGGGAACACAUAAGCUAGGCUGAAAGACCAAGGUACUGCCAAGGCAUCUAUCAGCUCGGGCUGGGGAUCCCUGGACCUGGACCCGUAUCUCAGAAGCUUGUCAUUCUGACGAGAAACCAUAAGAUCCAACUCCGGCCUGCCCCAACUGAGAAUCAGGUUGGCAAAUACCUCCGGAUGAAGUUCCCAUUCUCCCGGAUGAAAUGUCUGCUCCGAAAAUCCGCUUCCCAGUUUUCUACACCUGGGAUAUGGAUCGCCGACAGAUAACAAGAGUGAGAUUCCGCCCUCUGAAUUAUCUUGGCUACUGUCAUCACCAAGGAACUCCUUGUUCCUCCCUGAUGAUAGACGUAAGCUACAGUCGUAAUGUUAUCCGACUGGAUUUGAUGAAAUUAGCCGAAGCCAACUGAGGCCAAGCUUGAAGCAUAUUGAAUAUUGCUCUCAACUUUAGGAUAUUGAUGGGAAGGAUAGACUCCGUUCGAGUCCAUACACCCUAGGCCCUCAUGGAGUUCCAGACAGCUCCACAUCCUACCAGGCUGGCAUCCGUUGUCCGUCACCCAUGAGGGUCUGCGGAAGCAUGUCCCCUGGGAUAGAUGAUCCUGCGACAACCACCAUAGAAGAGAGCCCCUUGUAUUCUGAUAUAGCUUUAUUUGAGGAGACAAAUUUGUAUAAUCUCCAUUCCACUGUCUGAGCAUGUUCAGUUGCAGAGGCCUGUGAUGAACCCGAGCAAACAGAAUGAUGUUCAUCGCUGCUACCAUCAAUUCGAUUACCUCCAUGCACUGAGCCACUGACGGCCGAGGAUUGGUCUGAAGGGCUCGGCAUGUGUUCAGAAUCUUUAAUUAUCUGACCUCCGUCAAAAAGAUUUUCAUGGAUAGAGAGUCGUUUAGAGUUCCCAAGAAAGGAAUCCUUAACUGUGGAACUAGCGAACUCUCUUUCCAGAAUUACCUUCCAACCAUGAAUCCUCAGGAAGGAUAGAACGACGGUAUGAGACAUUGCCGGCUGGAUCAGAAUAUCAUCCAGAUAAGGCGCCACUGCAAUGCCCCUCGGUCUGAGAACUGCCAGCAGAGCCCCCAGAACCUUUGUGAAAAUACAGGGUGUCGUGGCCAGACCGAAGGGCAGAGCCACAAACUGAAAAUGUUUGUCCAGAAAGGCAAACCUCAGGAACUUGUGACGAUCUCUGUGGAUAGGAACAUGAAGCUAUGCAUCCUUCAGACUCUUGAGAUAUAAGAUAGGUCCGAAAGUUCCCUCCUUUUUUGGGAACCACGAACAGAUUUAAAUAAAACCCCUGUCCCUGUUCCCAAAUUGGAACAGGACCAGUACUCCCAUGGAGGAGAGGGCUCUUACACAGUGUAAGAACGCCUCUCUUAUCUGGUCUACAGAUAAUCGAGAGAGAAAAAAACCUUCCUCUGGGGGAAGAAUUUUUUAAUUCUAGCUUGUAUCCCUGAGCACUAUUUCUAAUGCCCAGGGCUCCUGAACAUCACUUAUCCAAGCCUGGAUGAAAAAAGACAGCCUACUCCCUACUAGAUCUGGUCCCGGAUCGGAGGCCAACCCUUCAUGCUGACUUGGAAGCAGCAGCAGGCUUCUUGGAUUGUUUAUCCUUGUUUCAAGACUGUUUUGGUCUCCAGGUAGAUUUGACAUGCGAAUAGUUACCUUCCUGUGUAGGGGAAGGGGGGGUUCCCUUUAAGUUUCGAAAGGCACGAAAAUUACUCUGUCGCCCCCUUCUCUUGGGAUGUCUUAUCCCGGGGGAGGGAAUGACUCUUACCUCCCGUGAUGACAGAAAUAAUAUCCUUCAAAUCAGACCCGAACAGGGUCCUCCCCUUGUAAGGAAUAGCCAAGAGCUUAAAUGUAGAUGACACAUCCGCAGACCAAGAUUUCAACCAUAAGGCCCUGCGUGCUAAGACGGAAAAUCACGAACUCUUAGCCGCCGUCUGCAAGAAAGUAUCAGAAAAUUUAUAACUGAAUUAGCUAAGUUAAGAGCUUUAAUUCCUUUUAUAUCUUAAAGGAAAAUCUAUUGUUGUGUGCUACUGUUCCAUCCUAAGUCACAAAGGAUGAAUGCACACCAAGGAUCCACCGUCAGUAAUGGCCUAAUAAAAAUGACCCUUACUGUCACUUUAACUGUUAAAAAUGAGACUACUUUAUUGUACAAAAGCAAAUGAUAUUCGGGUGCAAUUUUGCAUAACUUAGUCACCCGUCAGAAAUUUACAUGCAAAUUUGGGCGCCUGCCAAUCUAAGGAUGUAGGCGAGGCGCCAGUAAAAGGGCACCCAUCGUGGGACACUGACUAAAGUGUUACUGACUCUUUAAUCUUAAACAGUUACUAGAUAUUUCACUGAGCAGAAAAAAACAUUCCAAGAACAGCUAUUAGUUAAAGUGUGCAGAGACUGAAAGCCCCCGUUUUGUGCCAUUUUUUACUUUAAAUAAACAUGUCAACAGCAUGUCUAAUUUAUUUGCAUUAAAUAUUUGCAAAGUGUUAGAAUGCUGCUUAAAGCAUCUAAUUCUGAAAGGAUGUCUCUUAAAACAUGGGGAACAGAACAAUCUGAUUCGAACAAUACAAUUAGCAUGUUAAUCUUGCUAUUAACAGACAUUACUAUGUACAAUAAAGAAGCAAUGUCUAGAGCAACAAUUCCCUUUGUAAGGAACCGCAGAGCACUGCAUGUGGGGCAUGAAAAGUUUUUGGCAUGUAUUGACCAGUGUCAACGGACUCCUGAACAGCAAUUUAUAGCAGAAGGAGCAUUUAUAAUAAAACUUAACACACCACAAAAAUGUUACUGUUUCUUUAAAUGUUAAAGUAACAUUCUCCUUUGUGUUUUUUAAGCAACUUCUGUGCAUAUGUAGGACACUUGAGGGAAAAAUUAGGCAAUGUUUGCCCUCUCAAAACCUUUAUGUAAUAUCUCUUUACAACUUAAAUGAACCAUGGAAGAGAUGAGCAGUUGCAAUAAUCUUUUAAAGAGCAACUUGUUUACUCAAAUUUGUGUGCCCUGGCAAAACAAGAGGCAGAUAAAAGUAAACCCCCAGACAAUCCUUCUAUACAAAGGUGUGACUCGGCUGAAACACUGUCAUUGAAGCGCAAACACUGAUACCAAGCCCAUUCCGAUAACCGGAAAAAUGUACAAAAAAAUGUUUAUCCCCUGAUCCUUCCGAUAACCGGAAGCUUAAGCAAAAAAGUGCAACUAAACUGGUGCGAAACGAACUCCGCCCCUCGUGGGCGUGUGAAAAUUUAUCUCCCGGUCGCCAUCUUUUCAGUUACCGGGAUAAACAACAACUGGGCAAUCUACCUCUUAGGUAGUAUAAAGAUCGCCCUGGAUCUAACACGCCAACUUAGUCUAAACACACAGUUACACAUAUUGGCAUCCACAACGCAGUACCCAGACAAGCUCUGCCCUUCGUGGGCGUUGCAAUAGUAACCUCCAGGCCGUUCAGCCAUUGCUAUGGGAGAAAUAACUAACUGAGCAGCUAUACUGCAUGGCCCGUGUAAUCACAUAAAAGUACCCCCACACAGAGCCACAGUCUUUCAAAACAUUGAAUCCCUUAACACAAAUAUUAAAAAGGGAAUUCCCCUCACACUGAGCUCGAGCAUUACAGCUCAUAAGAAAUCUCCCGGUCGGUUACCGAUUUAUUAGUAAGGUCCGCCCCAGUGCCUUCCAUACUGACCAAGCAACCCCUAGCACGCUAGGAGACAUAUUGCAGCAACCCCUAUAAGGAGCCCAUUAUCACAGGGGAUCUAGUAUAGAAAAUAAAGUGCUCCAACUUAUUCUGAGUUUUCUUCCCCCAGAAAAAAAGUUAGCACUUUCCUGAAAUGCUGUGCGACAGCAUUGCCGUCUAGCAGGUUUUCAGAGGUCCUCUCCCUCCCAUAGCCCUGUGAACAAAGAUCAGCCUGAGUUAAAAGAACUUAGGCUAUCUGAAUUAGGGCAGCAAAUUUGUAUAGGAGGCACAGUGAGAAUUGUGUCCCACCAGUUCCUAUUGCUUUAAAGCCACCAAAUGCUUCUCUUUUUACUGAAGAGACUGAUCUGGUCUAGGCUACACCCUAGCACAAAGUAGCACUCAGUGGCACCACUUUAAAAAUAAUAAACACUUGAUUGAAGAAUCUUUACUAACACCUCACUUUGCCAUCUCCUUUCUAACUAACACAGGCAAAGAGAAUGACUGGGUUGGGAGGGAAGGGAGGAGCUAUUUAUACAGCUCUGCUGUGGAGCUCUGCCUCCUACUGCUGACCAGGAGGCGUAAUCCCACAAGUAAGGAUGAAAUGCGUGGACUUAUCGUAUCUUGAAAAAGAAAUAUUAAUAAUACUUUGGACUGGUUGCUGACAGUUUUUUUUUGGUUGCUGAUAUUGUUCUGACUUUGAUUCAUAAGGUAAACAAAUAGGGCUGCAACUAACGAUUAUUUUCAUAAUCGAUUAAUAGACCGAUUAUUUUUUUCGAUUAAUCGGAUAAAAAAUUAAUUAAUUUUUUCCUAUAUUUAAAAUAAAAUCCAUAUACUGAGUGCUACAAAUAUAAACUUCCGAAUAAAACUUUACAUUAAAACAA